AUGCCACCACAAAUCAAACAAGACCUGAACCGUUCUGGUUGGGAGUCCACCGACUUCCCCUCCGUGUGCGAAAACUGCCUGCCUACAAAUCCCUACGUAAAGAUGCUCAAAGAAGACUACGGCGCCGAAUGCAAACUCUGUACGAGACCGUUCACCGUCUUCAGCUGGUCCGGUGAGGGCCGCGCCCACGGUCGCAAGAAGCGCACCAACAUCUGCCUGGCGUGCGCCCGCCUCAAAAACGCCUGCCAAUGCUGCAUCAUGGACUUACAGUUUGGCCUACCUAUCGUCAUCAGAGAUAAGGCGCUCGAGCUCAUCGCGCCAGGGCCCCAGAGCGAGAUCAACAGGGAAUAUUUUGCGCAAAACAACGAGCAGGCCAUCCAGGAAGGGAGAGCAGGGAUCGAGGCAUACGAGAAGACUGAUGAGAAAGCGAGAGAGUUGCUGAGGAGGCUGGCACAGAGCAAGCCCUACUUCAGGAAAGGGAAAGAGUUGGAUUCGGAGGGCAACGCAGUGUCCGGGGGGCCUUCGGGGAGCGGGAGCGCGACGGGUGGAAAUCCGGCCGUUGGAGCCGGGCUUGGCGGUGCUGGACCGAUCCGAACACGAGAUUCAAGAGCGGCAGCUGCCGUGGGAGCGAGACCAGGAGGUGGGAAGAGGGGACCAAUCCCUGCGAAUGCCCCUCCACCUGGGCCCAGGGACUGGAUGCCGCCUUCGGAUCCGACCAUCAUGUCGCUCUUCGUAACCGGGAUUGAGGACGACCUUCCCGAAUACAAGAUUCGGGACUUUUUUAAGUCCUUCGGAAAGAUCAAAUCCCUGGUGGUGUCGCAUAUGACCCACUGCGCUUUUGUCAACUACGAGUCUCGCGAAGGAGCCGAGCAAGCAGCGGCUGAGUGCAAGGGGCGCGCGGUGAUUGCCGGCUGUCCUCUUCGAAUCCGAUGGAGCGUCCCGAAGGCUAUUGGAAAUAUGAACAGGGAGGAGCGUGGACAGAUGCUACGCGAUGGGCGAUCUGCCUUCCCUGAGGCCAAGAGGAAGGCCAACCCGAAAGCCAUUGAAGGAGGAAGUGGUCAAGAGCAGGGUUCCUCUGCUCAUGGUCAAGACCAGGGUGGACUGCUUGUUGCGCCACCUCCAGGACAGGAUGACGUUCAAUAUGCUAGUCUCGCUGGUAACUAG